AUGAAGUGCAUCGUGGCUGUUGUUAUUGUGACCCUAGUGACCGGAGCCGCCGCCGAGGCCUCCGUGCGGACAUGUGAACCUAUUAAAGUGGCGAUGUGUAAGAACAUUGGAUACAAUCAGACCGGCAUGCCCAACCUGGCGCGGCAUACCCUGCAGGCGGACGCCGACGUGACGCUGCAGACCUUCAGCCCACUCGUGCAGUACGGGUGCUCCUCUCAGUUGCAUCUGUUCCUCUGCUCGGUGUACGUGCCGAUGUGUACCGACAAAGUGGCGCUGCCCAUCGGGCCCUGCAGAGGACUUUGCGAGAGUGUGUACACCAGAUGUUACCCUGUACUCCAUGGCUUCGGCUUCCUUUGGCCACCUGAGUUGGAUUGUUCUUUAUUCCCUGCUGAGAAUAAUCACGAACACAUGUGCAUGGAAGGACCGGGAGAACGUGCACCACCAAUUGGCACUGUUUCUAUGGAUAUGGGUAAUUCAGGCGGCCGAGGAGCUUGUCGAAGACUUAUAAAACCUAAGAAUUGGGUGUGGGUCCGAGGAUCAGCCCGUUGCGCACAGUUCUGUGAUGCAGAAGUACUAUGGGAUGGUGGAGAAAGAAAAGCAGCAGAAGUUUGGUUAGCUACGUGGGCAGCUUUAAGCUUCGCUUGUACCCUGGCUGCUGUGGGAGCUCAGCUAGCGUGUGGGGAUCGUGGUGGGGCCGGGGAGCGCGCGCUGGUGCUGGUGGCGCUGUGCCGCUGCGCCGCGGCCGCGGGCUGGGGCGUGCGCGCCGCGGCUGGCAGGGCGGCUGCCGGCUGUGCCAAGGACUCCACCUCCCCCACGCGCAUGUUACUGGCACACGAUGGAUUAGCUAACCCUAAUUGUGCUGUUGUCUUCCUCCUGCUGUAUUACUUCGGUCUCGCUGCAUCUGUUUGGUGGGUUGUAGUAGCAGGCGCCUGGCGAGCCAGCGUGUUACGUCCUCCAGCGCCAACCACUGCAGCUUCUCGCACCAACCGUCACUCGUCUCUGCUGCAGCUGGCCGCGUGGGGAGUGCCCGCUGCGUUAGCUGCUGCAGUACUGGUGACUAGGGAUGUAGACGCUGAUGAGCUUACUGGAACGUGCUUCGUAGGUAACCAAUCCAGUAAGUCUUUACUGGCCCUGGUUAUUAUUCCUGAAGCUAUCUGCUUGCUGCUUGGGUGCGUGUUCCUGUCUUCAGGCUUUCGUGCAGUUCUCCGUCGACCAGCACCUGUGCCGGCUCCAUCUGUGCUACUGAACUCGCCGCCACAACCACAUCAAGACCAAAGCGUCCUAAGACUAGGAGCGUUUGCAGCACUAUAUGCUGUGCCAUCAGCAUGCAUACUCGCUACUUGGGUAUAUGAGUACGCAUGGAGAGACGAGUGGCUUGCUGCUCCAGUGCCUUCAUCAGAACCUUCAACACAUUCAAAACCGGCAUUCUGGGUGUUUUUGUUCAGAAUAUUUGCCACCCAGGUCCUUGGUGUCAUGGUAGCUGUGUGGAUCGCCACUCCAAGUCUAAAAGCUUUAUGGAGAAGAAUUGCUGGGCCGAGGAAGCAGCCGCCGCUGGCGAAGUGCCCUCCGGGUCCACCGCCCACUCCACUGACGCUGCACUGUUACGCGACACACUCGCACACUCUAACAAGGCAUCCGCACAAAUAUGCAACGUACAGACCACCACAAACACAUUCGUACAGAAAACCGAGGCACUACCACUACUCAGCCGGUGAGACAAUACUUUGA